GAUAGUGAGAUCGAUAGUGAGACCGAUCGAGUGAGACGUUGGUUCCCCCCCGAACCUCGCUAUCACCCGAAGGGCGGUCGUACAGGUAAUGUAAAUCGCACCGCGCCAGAGUGAUCUCGUCGACGCGACUCUGUAGCUGCCUGCUGCGGGCACCAGUCCAGGCGGAAAAUCUGUUCCGGACGCGAGCCAAUAGCGUAAGCAAUCGCAACGAACUGGCGAUACAACGAGCCUGGCACGCCUGGUCGAGAAGGCGAGUUAAACUCACUAGCAGAGGCCGCCAACUCUAGAGUCCAGGCCAUAGUGGACCGGCAUACCGCAAAAUGCAGCACUGCAAGACCCCAUUGACUCUGGCUGAAACCACUGGCGAGAGCGAGUUAUGGGCUCUCUGUGUUAUCCAAUGAUGGGGGAUGUCAGAGCAGUGGAGGAGUGUUGUCAGAGAGAUAUUGCCAGCGCGCCGCCAAACACCCUGCUUGCCUUCAGGGUGCACUGGUACCAACUGGUGGUGGAUAAUUGCAAAACGCAAAACGAUUGCGGGAGACUCAGGACCCUCUCAGAACAGAGGACCGAUUAUCAAGCUCCCCAGCCAUUCAACUAUACGACCGUCCCAAUGUAAUUAAUGUAACUGGCAAGGCAAAGAGUUGCACCAGUCCAAGCGGACAAAUUCUGAGGAUGAUGAGCGUGACUGGAGCAGCUAGGCUUCGCGAGCGACCCAGACCUCGUCACAAUGAUUGCCUGGGCGAGUGGGCGAGGAGGGCGAGGAAGGAACGAAGAGGAGGAAGAGGAGGUGGCGGGUGAGCGCACAAGGGGUCCUAUAAGCGAAGCGGGUCCUGCCGGCCACGGGGCCAGACGGACCCUUGGGCGGAGGCAGUGCUGGACCCUGCGAGGCACUCCCCUGGGACCGCCGCUCGCAUGCCUCGUCCCAGGAAGCUGCCUGGCGGGAGGUCCCCAGGGAGGCCUGCCUGCAGGCCCUGCGAGAUAGGCGUGAAGGCCCCUGCGGGGGAGGUUUCCUCGGAGGCCCUCCUCGAAGGCCCCCGCGGGGCCUCUGGAAGGAGCUGCAGCGGCGGCAGCAGAAGGAGAUCCCUCAGGCAUUCGACAGCUCAAUCUGCUACCCCCGACGUCGUGAUACUUCUUCGCAUCGGGGUCCGCUGGAAAUCAACUUUGUUUGGUGCCUCGGGAGUUCCGAGGCCUGGCUAGGCUCUCCACUGUUAAGGGAGUCAAGCGAUAGUCUGCAAACAUUGAAUGGUACAUAGCGCAGACUGCAGGGCCGUUGAGCGCGCUACGCUGGAAUGCCCUUGAGACGCGUGGAAUUUGCGCACGUAAUUCAAGCAUGGGGUGAAACUCUGGAAGAGUAGGGAACAUGAGGGAGAGAGAUAGAAAGAGAGGCGCCUAUGGAGAGAGAAAGAGAAGGAGAGAGAGAGAGAGAGAGGCAAAGCGAUGAUGACAGACAGACAGGCAGACAGGCAGACAGACAGGCGGCCGAAAGCCACUGCAGACCGGGCUCACCAUGAGCCGCUGGCAUCGCGCACGCGCGCGCGCGCUCCGCGCGCCCAGGUCCAGCACCGCAGCAGCGCACACGCGGCAGCGCCCAGUGCGCAGCCCGCGGAGGAGGAGGAGGAGGAGGAGGAGAAGGAGGAGGAGCCUCCCUCCGCCUGCGGCCGCCCCCCGCCGCGCACCCCUUGGGCACCCCCGGGAGACCCUCGGCCGUGCUGGCCGCCGGCGGCGCGCAGGGCCCGCCCCCGCCCCGCCGCGAAG